AUCUUGCACAAAAUUCUUAAACCAAAAUGUUCAUGCCUCAUUCUAUCUCUAUUUGACUGUAAACAAUUUGACAAAGAAUGAACAGGUUAAGCCUUAAUUUAUUUGAAUAAAUAUUUUUUGUACCAGUGUUCCUAAAUCUCUGCUGUGCUCUAAGUGUAUUCCAGUUAGGUGAUUUAAUUUUUUUUUUCCGAAAAUAUUUAACAUCUCUCUUCCAUAAUUGGACUGGGUUCAUCUUGCAUAAAACCGAAACCGAAUGAAACAUUACCAAUUAUCCCAAUAUCUUAUCGUCAUGAAUCAAUAUUGUAUUAUCUAUAAGGGGUUUAUAAACGGUGUACUGUCGUCGCCGAAUUCAUUGUACUUUGCUUGCUUGGUGACAUUGUUCAAGAGAGCAAAAAUGGCGUAUCUCGGGAAGGACUUCAAGUUUGAGAAGGAGGAGAACUUUGAAGCUUUGAUAACCGCUGUUGAAUCCGUUGAGCAGAAUCCAAAGGCCCGCAAGAUAUUGACCUUCAAACCGAAUCAGAAGUUGGUGAAGAAUGGUGAUGAAUACACUCUCACUUUUACCGUGGGUACCUUCAAUAAGGAAAUCAAGUUCAAGUCUGGCGUGACCUUUGAUGACGUCAUCGACGAAGGUGUUGCGGCCAAAUCUACAGUCACCGUUGAAGGUGAUACUUUCACUCAAGUCUUGGACUUCGGAGAAAAGGGCUCUAUCACAAUGAAAAGAGAAUAUACAGCAGAUACCCUUAAAGUCACCGUUACAGCAGCUAAGUGGAGUGGCGAGGCUGUCAGAUACUAUGUGGUCGCGUAAGCAGAACUGACAGACCACAAUAGCGGAGAGCUAAAGUAGAAUAAACGUCACAUCACCGACUAAUUGUCUCACAGUCGGAGUUUUGAUCUGUAUUUAUUAUUGUUUCUUGUUAUGAAAGUACUGUUCAAUAAAAAGUUAUUUUAGAAACCUUGUAUUUUUUUCAUAAUGUUUGUACAUCUACC